UACGUCACUUCCUACAUGCUUCCCGCUGUAUUCAGAUUAUAAACAACACUGGUUGCACUUUUUCUCGAUGUUCGUGCUGCAUUUCAUGUGCUUUUUAUGCAGUUUAAGACAUGGAAAGCAGACUUAAGCAGCUUCCAGCGUCUACGGUGCGUCUGAUUGGCAGUGGUCAAGUUAUAACUUCUGUGUACAGUGUAGUUAAAGAGCUCGUGGAAAAUGCAUUGGAUGCAAAGGCAACUGCGGUGGAAAUUAAACUUGAAAAGUUUGGUCUUGAAAAGAUAGAAGUCCGUGACAAUGGGCGUGGUGUCCAGAAAUCAGAUGUUCCUCACAUGGGUCAGAGACAUUUCACCUCCAAGAUAACUGGUCAGCAGGAUUUGGACAACUUGGACAUGUAUGGGUUCCGCGGCGAGGCCUUAGCUUCUCUGUGUGCAGUGUCCGAGGUUGCAGUGACCACUAAAACAAUCCAAGAUGAGGUCAGCACUGUAUACACACUGGACCAUAGUGGACAUGUCUUAAGUGAAAGAGCCUCACAUCUUGGACAAGGCACUACAAUUUUGGCCUGCAAUCUCUUCAAAAACCUCCCUGUUCGUAAGCAGUAUUACAACAGUGUUAACAAGAAAAAAGAAGAACUGAAGAAAGUGGAAGAUCUAAUUAUUUCAUUUGGCAUUAUUCGACCAGAUGUGAGAAUAGCACUACGCCAUAAUAAAGAUGUUGUUUGGCAGAAAAAUGUAGUGACUGAUCAUCGCACUGUUUUAUUGCAAUGUUUGGGGACCACAGUUAUGAAGUCCAUGGAGCACAUUGUUUGGCAUCAGGAUGCAGAAAACCAGAUGGACAUUGAAGCAUAUCUUCCUAAAUCAGAUUCCAGCCUUCAUGUCACCAGUAGAGCCACCAGUGACCGUUUCUUCCUUUAUGUCAAUAAAAGACCUGUAGUAUUGAAAGAUGUGGAGAAACUGGUCAGGAAGUACUACACAGCAGGCAGUGGGUGCGAGGGAAGCAGGUGCCCUAUUGCUUUCCUCAGUCUCACUGUACCACCAAGUCAACUGGAUGUCAAUGUGGAUCCUAAUAAAACCAAGGUCCUGCUACAUCAGAAGGACGAUGUUUGUGAAUUGUUGAAGAAACUGUUAGAGCAGACCUAUGGUCCAUUGAGUAGUAAAGAAUCAUCACAGGGAGCUGGUUCUGAAGCACAGGGAACUGGUCCAAAAAUGGUGGAUACAGAAAGUAGCAAAGAAACGAACCCUGAGUUUACAAUUUCAACUGAUAAAGAUAAUUUUACUCUGAAUAAUGGUCAGAAAGAAGACCCCUGUACAACUGACCAUGAAAAUGGAAAUUGUGUUUCAAAUGGUAAAAGAAGACCCAUGAUGCACGAUGAGGAGCAGUAUCAAAUUGAAUUCCUCAGUGGUGCAGAUGAUUUAGGAAAGGAUAAAGAGAAGUCAUCAGUUGACCCUGUAGUAAAUCUAAACAGUCUCCCAGAGUUUUAUAACAAUUGUGAAUCUGAGGAUAUUCUCUCAACUCAAAAGCCAAAUUUUAAUCUCAUUGGAGAAGAAUUUUCUGAUUUGAUUCCACAGACACAGAUGGCAACCAAUCAGAAUGACUUGGAAGAAGUGUCAAAUACAUCGACGAAUCAGACAAGUACUAUUUUAAGGGAUUCCUUCAGUAUGAGAAAAGAUAACAUUGGUCCAGAAUCUUCCAUGUCAGAACAUAAUACAGUCAAAUCUACCAAUCAGAAUAAUGGUCUCAGCGAGGAAUUAGCCUAUGGAAGAACAGAUGACAUUGUUUCAAAUACCACUUCACUGAACACAGUUUCAGCAGAGGAAAACGCCAAUCAGCAAUCUGAUUCAGGAUCAGAAGAUGACUGGAAUGAUGACAGCUUCUUUGAUAAUCUUUUAAAAAACAACAAAAAUUCUGACACUACUGACUCUCAGGCUUCAGAAAAAGCUUUUGACUUUAAAACGCCAUCUCCCACAUUGGGAUCAGCUGAAAGGUCAAAGGUCAACUUAGAGUCAGACUCAGAAAACAGACAGGACAAAGUCAACAAUUUUUCAAGUAAGAAAUGCCCUGAGUCCAUUGAUGUUGACCAGAAUAGUGGACAGAGCUUGAUUAAUAUGGAAGAUUGGAGUAAAGGCAGAGGUCUUGAGGGAGGUAUUCUACAGGUGCUUGAGGAGGCAAGUCAUUAA